CGUCUUUGGCUUUCGUCGCAUCCGCUCGCCCGGGAGCCGGCCCCGCGCCCUGCCCCUCAUGACUGCGGCGCUGGUGCUGCCACAGCCCUACCGGCCACCGCUCUCUGCAGGAUGGAUGCGGACUGUGCGGCGCUAACCCCCGUGGCUCCGCUCCUGCCUCGCCCGCCGACGAGCCCGCCCCGUGAGCCGCAGCAGCAGCAGCAGCCGCCGCAGCCGGACCCAGAGUCCCACGUCGCCCUCGGGGUGUCUUGUCAGUGCUGAGCGGGAGUCGUCGGAGCGCUGCCCCGCACUUCUUGGUGGCUCUUCCGGGCUACCCCUUUCCCCCUUUUCAUUCACGAAGCCGAGCCCGCACUCUUGACUUCAGCGGACCGACCAUGUCUGACGGCGCCGCCGAGAAGCAGAGCGGCACCCCGGGCUUCCUUUCGCCGCCGGCGCCAGUCCCCAAGAAUGGCUCAAGCUCCGAUUCUUCCGUGGGCGAGAAACUGGGGGCCGCGGUCGCCGACUCCGGGAUGGGCAGAUCCGAGGAAUACCGGCGCCGCCGUCACACUAUGGACAAGGACAGCCGUGGGGCGGCCGCCACCACCACCCCCACGGAGCACCGCUUCUUCCGCCGGAGCGUCAUCUGCGACUCGAAUGCCACCGCGCUGGAGCUGCCGGGCCUCCCCCUUUCUGUCCCCCAGCCUAGCGUGCCCGCAGUGGUGCCCCAGAGCGCUCCCCCCGAGCCUCACCGAGAGGAAACUUUGACCGCCGCCGUUGCUUCCCAAGUGUCUCAGCAGCCCUCAGCUGCUGCCUCCCCUGGGGAACAAGCCGUCGUCGGCUCGGCCACCACGACCGUCCCCAGCACUAUCAGCCAAGACCGCCCUGUGUCCCAGCCUAACCUGGUGGAGAGCAAAGAGGAGCAGCCGCGGUCCAGAGGUGGAAGUGGCAGCGGCGGCGGCAGCGCUAAAGAGCUGCAGGAGGAACGCCACCAGCAACAGGAUGACAACGAAGAGCUGGAGACCAAGGCCGUGGGAAUGUCCAAUGAUGGGCGCUUCCUCAAAUUUGAUAUCGAAAUCGGCAGAGGGUCCUUUAAGACGGUCUACAAAGGUCUGGACACCGAGACCACAGUGGAAGUCGCCUGGUGUGAAUUGCAGGAUCGAAAGUUGACAAAGUCUGAAAGGCAGAGAUUCAAAGAAGAGGCAGAAAUGUUAAAGGGUCUUCAACACCCCAACAUUGUUCGAUUCUAUGAUUCCUGGGAAUCCACAGUAAAAGGAAAAAAAUGCAUUGUUUUAGUGACUGAACUAAUGACAUCUGGAACACUUAAAACAUACUUAAAAAGGUUCAAAGUGAUGAAAAUCAAAGUUCUAAGAAGCUGGUGUCGGCAAAUCCUUAAAGGACUUCAGUUUUUGCACACACGAACGCCACCAAUUAUUCACCGGGACCUUAAAUGUGACAACAUCUUUAUCACUGGCCCUACAGGCUCAGUCAAGAUUGGAGACCUUGGUCUGGCAACUCUAAAGCGGGCUUCUUUUGCCAAGAGUGUGAUAGGUACUCCGGAGUUCAUGGCUCCUGAGAUGUAUGAGGAAAAAUAUGACGAAUCCGUUGAUGUUUAUGCUUUUGGGAUGUGCAUGCUUGAGAUGGCUACAUCUGAAUAUCCAUACUCAGAGUGCCAAAAUGCUGCGCAGAUCUACCGUCGAGUGACCAGUGGAGUGAAGCCUGCCAGUUUUGACAAAGUAGCAAUUCCUGAAGUGAAGGAAAUUAUUGAAGGAUGUAUCCGACAAAAUAAAGAUGAAAGAUAUUCCAUCAAAGACCUUUUGAACCAUGCCUUUUUCCAGGAGGAAACAGGGGUACGGGUAGAAUUAGCAGAAGAAGAUGAUGGAGAAAAGAUAGCUAUUAAAUUAUGGCUGCGUAUUGAAGAUAUUAAGAAAUUGAAGGGAAAAUACAAAGACAAUGAAGCUAUUGAAUUUUCCUUUGAUUUGGAGAGGGAUGUACCAGAAGAUGUUGCUCAAGAAAUGGUCGAGUCUGGGUAUGUCUGUGAAGGUGAUCACAAGACCAUGGCUAAAGCUAUCAAAGAUAGGGUGUCAUUAAUUAAGAGAAAACGAGAGCAGCGGCAGUUGGUGCGAGAGGAACAAGAAAAAAGAAAACAGGAAGAGAGCAGUCUCAGACAGCAGAAUGAACAACCACCAAGUGUUUCCCAAGCAGGAAUUCAGCAACUCUCUUCAGCUAGCACCGGCAUACCAACAGCUCCCACCACUUCUGCUUCAGUUUCUACACAAGUAGAGCCUGAAGAACCCGAGGCAGAUCAACAUCAACAGCUACAGUAUCAGCAGCCUAGUAUAUCUGUGUUAUCUGAUGGAACAGUUGACAGCGGUCAGGGAUCAUCUGUCUUCACAGAAUCUCGAGUGAGCAGCCAACAGACAGUUUCCUAUGGCUCCCAACAUGAACAGGCACAUUCUACUGGCACAGCACUGGGGCAUACAGCUUCUAGUAUCCAAGCACAAUCUCAGCCUCAUGGGGUGUAUACACCCUCAAGUAUGCCUCGUCGUGGCCGUAGCAUGUCGGUUUGUGUUCCCAUCUUUCUGCUGUUCCCUCUCUAUCCCGCAUCUCUCCCAGUGCUCUUCUACCCCACCACCAGUGCUGUCUGCACCUCUUUAUCCUUCCCUCCUUCGGACUGCCCUGAGGAAACUUUUGCCGAAAAUCUCUCUAAAGCAUUGGAGAGUGUCCUGCCUAUGCACUCUGCCUCUCAGCGCAAGCAUCGACGCUCCAGCCUGCCUUCCCUCUUUGUCACUACUCCUCAGUCCAUGGCGCAUCCGUGUGGGGGGACCCCAACAUACCCAGAAUCACAGAUACUUUUCCCAACUAUUCAUGAACGUCCAGUUUCUUUUUCACCACCUCCCACCUGUCCACCGAAAGUAGCCAUUUCCCAACGACGUAAGAGCACCUCCUUCCUGGAAGCCCAAACUCGCCACUUUCAACCCCUGCUGAGGACUGUUGGCCAAAAUCUUCUUCCACCUGGUGGCAGCCCAACUAACUGGACACCAGAGGCCAUAGUUAUGUUUGGUACUACAGCCGGUAGAGUAAAUAGAGAGCUAUGUGAGAUGCAGGCCCAACCUGUGUUUGAGCCAGCCCAGAUUUACAGUGACUAUAGACCUGGACUAGUACUGACAGAAGAAGCUCACUAUUUUAUUCCUCAGGAAACAGUUUAUCUAGCUGGGGUGCAUUACCAGGCCCAGGUGGCAGGACAGUAUGAGGGCAUUUCAUACAACUCACCAGUACUGUCAAGUUCUAUGAAACAGAUACCUGAACAGAAGCCAGUGCCUGGGGGCCCUGCCUCAAGUUCUGUCUUUGAAUUUCCAUCUGGACAGGCUUUCCUGGUAGGACACCUUCAGAAUUUAAGAUUAGAUUCUGGACCCAGUCCAGCAUCACCCCUCUCUAGUAUUUCUGCGCCUAUCAGUACAGAUGCUACACAUUUGAAAUUUCACCCUGUCUUUGUUCCUCAUUCUGCACCAGCUGUGUUAACUCAUAACAGUGAGAACAGAAGCAACUGUGUAUUUGAAUUUCAUGCUCAAACACCAAGUUCUUCUUCAGGAGAAGGAGGUGGGAUUUUACCUCAACGUGUUUACCGAAAUCGACAGGUUGCAGUGGACUCAAGUCAGGAAGAACUGCCUCCUCAGUCAGUUGGAUUGCAUUGCCAUCUGCAGCCUGUUACUGAAGAACAGCGUAAUAACCAUGCCCCAGAAUUGACCAUUUCUGUGGUAGAGCCUAUGGGACAGAACUGGCCAAUAGGAAGCCCAGAAUAUUCCAGUGAUUCCUCUCAAAUUACUUCUUCAGAUCUCAGUGAUUUUCAGUCACCUCCCCCUACAGGGGGAACAGCUGCACCUUUUGGCUCUGACGUCUCAUUGCCCUUUAUUCGCCUGCCUCAGACAGUGUUACAAGAAUCCCCACUUUUCUUCUGUUUCCCCCAAGGAACCACAACUCAGCAGGUCUUAUCUGCCUCAUAUUCUUCAGGAGGAUCUACACUCCAUCCACAGGCACAGGGGCAGAGCCAAGGCCAGCCUUCAAGUAGCUUAGCAGGGGUUCUAUCUUCACAACCUGUCCAACAUCCUCAACAGCAGCCAGGAAUACAGCCAACUGCUCCUCCUCAACAGGCAGUGCAGUAUUCACUUCCACAGGCAGCAUCUUCCAGUGAAGGCACCACUGCACAGCCUCAAGCUCCACAAGUUUUGCCUCAAGUGUCAGCAGGAACACAGCUUCCAGUUUCCCAGACAGUACCAACUAUCCAAGGCGAACCUCACAUCCCAGUUUCCGCACAGCCCUCAGUUGUUCCAGUCCACUCUGGUGCUCAUUUCCUUCCUGUGGGACAGCCUCUCCCUGCUUCCUUACUCCCACAGUAUCCUGUCUCUCAAAUUCCCAUAUCAGCUCCUCAUGUAUCUACAGCUCAGACAGGUUUCUCCUCCGUUCCUAUAACGAUGGCUGCUGGCAUUAAUCAGCCUCUGCUCCCCUUGACUUCAUCUGCUACAGCAUCUUCAAUCCCAGGGGGAUCAACUGUAGUUCCUAAUCAGCUUCCAACCCUUCUGCAGCCUGUGAAUCAGCUGCAAAGUCAGGUUCACCCACAGCUCGUACAGCCAACAGUUCAGUCCAUGGGAAUACCAGCUAACCUUGGACAAGCUGCCGAGGGUCCACUUCCCUCUGGAGAUGUUCUGUACCAGGGCUUCCCAUCUCGACUGCCACCACAAUACCCAGGAGAUUCAAAUAUUGUUCCCUCUUCCAACGUGGCUUCUGUUUGCAUCCAUUCUACAGUCCUAGCCCCUCCUCCUAUGCCGACAGAAGCCUUGGCUACCCAAGGUUACUUUCCUACAGUAGUGCAGCCUUUUGUGGAAUCAAAUCUUUUGGUUCCUAUGGGCAGUGUAGGAGGACAGGUUCAAGUGUCCCAACCUGCAGUGAGUUUAACACAACAACCCCCCACUACAUCCUCCCAGCAAGCAGCCCUGGAGAGUACUCAGGGAGUCUCUCAGGGUGUUCCAACAGAACCAACUCCAAUAACACAGUCACAACCUACCCAGCCUGUCACAUUGGUUUCAAAUGUAGACAGAAGAGUGCCACCAGUGGGUCCUGAACUUCCAGCUGGUACUCUAUCCUGUGAGCAACUGACACCUUUUCCUGGGCCUUCUCUAACUCAGUCCCAGCAACCAUUAGAAGAUCUUGAUGCUCAAUUGAGAAGAACACUUAGUCCAGAGACUAUUACCGUGACAUCUGCUGUUGGUCCUGUGUCCACGAUGGCUUCAACAGCAGUUACAGAAGCAAGAACACAGCCUCAAAAGGAUGCCACUGAAGGCCAUGUCCUAGCAACUAGUUUAGGAGCUGGUGUUGUUAAGAUGGGACGAUUUCAGGUUUCAGUUACAAUGGAUGAUGCUCAGAAAGAACGUAAAAAUAGGUCAGAAGAUACAAAGUCGGUUCAUUUUGAAUCUAGCACAUCAGAGUCAUCAGUUCUUUCAAGUAGUAGUCCAGAGAGUACCCUGGUAAAGCCAGAGCCUAAUGGAAUAACCAUCCCUGGCAUCUCCUUAGAUGUGCCAGAUGGCAUCCACAAAACACCUGCCCCAGAAGCAAAGUCAGAAACCGGACAACCUACCAAGGUUGGACGUUUUCAGGUGACAACUACAGCAAACAAAGUAGGUCGUUUCUCCGUUUCAAGAACUGAGGACAAGGUCACAGAACUCAAAAAAGAGGGACCAGUGACCUCUCCUCCUUUCAGAGAUUCAGAACAAACUGUUAGUCCUGUUGUGAUACCAAAGAAGGAGAAGCCUGAGCUGGCAGAGCCUUCCCAUCUGAACGGGCCCUCUUCUGACCCUGAGGCUGCCUUUCUUAGUAGGGGUGCAGAGGAUGGCUCAGGUAGUCCACAGUCUCCGCCUCACCUGUGUUCAAAGAGCCUUCCCAUCCAGAAUCUAAGUCAGAGCCUUAGUAAUUCAUUCAACUCCUCUUACAUGAGUAGUGACAAUGAGUCGGACAUUGAAGAUGAAGACUUAAGGUUAGAACUGCGACGACUAAGAGAAAAACAUCUUAAAGAAAUUCAGGACCUGCAGAGUCGUCAGAAACAUGAAAUUGAAUCUUUGUAUACCAAACUGGGCAAGGUUCCUCCAGCUGUCAUUAUUCCCCCAGCUGCUCCUCUGUCAGGGAGAAGAAGGAGACCUACCAAAAGCAAAGGCAGUAAAUCUAGUCGCAGCAGCUCAUUGGGCAAUAAAAGUCCACAGCUUUCAGGUAACCUGUCUGGUCAGAGUGGAACUUCAGUCUUACACCCCCAGCAGACCCUCCACCCCACAGGCAACACCCCAGAGACUGGACACAACCAGCUGUUACAGCCUCUUAAGCCAUCUCCUUCCAGUGACAACCUCUAUUCAGCCUUCACCAGUGAUGGUGCCAUUUCAGUACCAAGCCUUUCUGCUCCAGGUCAAGGGACCAGCAGCACAAAUACUGUUGGGGGAACAGUGAGUAGCCAGGCUGCCCAGGCUCAGCCACCUGCCAUGACUUCCAGUAGGAAGGGCACAUUCACAGAUGACCUGCACAAGUUGGUAGACAACUGGGCCCGAGAUGCCAUGAAUCUUUCCGGCAGGAGAGGGAGCAAAGGACACAUGAAUUAUGAGGGCCCUGGAAUGGCAAGGAAGUUCUCUGCUCCUGGGCAGCUGUGCAUUUCCAUGACCUCAAACCUGGGUGGCUCAGCCCCCAUCUCUGCAGCAUCUGCUACCUCUCUAGGUCACUUCACCAAGUCCAUGUGCCCCCCACAGCAGUAUGGUUUUCCAGCUGCCCCAUUUGGCACUCAGUGGAGUGGAACAGGUGGUCCAGCACCACAGCCACUUGGCCAGUUCCAACCUGUAGGAACUGCUUCCUUGCAGAAUUUCAACAUCAGCAACUUGCAGAAGUCCAUCAGCAAUCCCCCAGGUUCCAAUCUGCGGACCACUUAGUCAGACAUGAAGAUGUUAACUAAAUAGAUUGGGAGCAGGAGAUGGAAUGCUGAGGGUUGGGGGGUUGGGGAAGUAGCCUAUAUACUAACUACUAGUGCUGCAUUUAACUGGUUGUUUCUUGCCAGAAGGGAAUGUUUUUAAUACCAUUUUGAGCCCUUAGAAUGGAGAACCACCCUCCCUCUCCAUUUGUUGGAGUUCAAAAAGAAGAAAGAGCAGCUUUCUGGUGGAGGGGUUUGCCUGAGACUGCUUUCCUGUUUCUGUACCCACCAGUAAGGCCUAGAGCUAGAAGAGAGCCUUGUUACCAGAUCACCCCCAAGAGCUCAAUGUAAACUAAACCCCAUAUAUAAUCUGUGAGUGGGGUAGAGCUCUUAAUUUUGACAUAUGCCCCAAAUUCCUUACUCCCACAAGAAUGCACACCUUAAGACAAGAAGGUUCUCUCCCACUCUGAUCCCUAUCCCCACUUUCUUUUUUUUCCCUUUACAACCUAGUGAAAAAUACCAGGGGACUGGGGUUGCAACCCUUUCUUAUAUAGGUCAUUAAUGCUUUACGCAAGAUAUUAGCAGCUUUGACUGCAGCAUUAGCAAUUAGGGAAAACAAUGAUGUUCCCUGAGGACAUGUAAUUUUGCCAUCAGUUUUGAUGUGGAAACACUGUGAUAUAUAAAUGUUGUUGGACAACAUUAGUUUUAAGAGUAAAAUUUGAAAGGUUUAAAAGGUUCACACACACACACACACACACACACACAAAAAGCUAGCUCUGUCCAUUACUUAUUAAGACACUUUAACUUUUUCCUUUGUAUUUCCAUUGUAUUAGAUAAAUAAAUGUGAAUGUAAAAUUGUAUAAAUUACUGUACUUGAAUACUUCUGUUCUCCCAGUAUUGCUUGCUGGAUAUUUUAGUGCCUUGGACUUCUCUUGCUUCUGCUGUUAGCAUCAACUUACCAGACCCCAGGUCACCAAAGGGUAUGUGGAAAGAAAUCUUAGGUCCAUAUGACCCCAGCAGUGGAUAUGCCAAAGGGAAAAAUGAAAGUGGGUUUGUUGUUGUUGUUGUUGUUGUUGUUGUUUUUUUUUUCAGUCGUUCAAACAGUUUUGCCUAGAGCAGGUGUGAGAUGAGCACAGUGAGAAGUUGGCAUCAGAGGUUGAAAACGAAGUUCUGUUUCAGAAAGAAUGAGGGGGGUUAUGAGCUGUGUGAAAGAUAAGGACCGGAGAUGUGGGGACAAGCUUGUUUGAAGUGAUGCCUGGCCAGUGGACUAACAAAAGCUAGAAGAAAUACAACAAAAUGAGAUGGGAGCGGGCUAGAUUCUAAGUUGGGAAGGAUGGCAGUGCCGAGUCAAAGAUGGAAAAUGUUGUUCUAAGGAAACCUGCUUGGUGUUCCCACCUCUUGUACAGGUACCACACAUUUCUCCACUUGAAGUACUGUAUUGUGGAAAAUGGACCCACUUCUGACUUUCUAAGCACUGUAGGAAAAAGUGCUUUCCUUUCCUACCCCUUUCUCCUACAAUGUCCCAGUGGUGGCACAGUCAGAAUCUGUACCACCUAUACUUCUGUAUUAGAACUAAUACUCUCACAGUUUCAUGCCCAUAUUCCCAAAUAACUACAACCAACCAGUAUUAUCUAGUACUACGUCUAGUUGUAACAGGCAGUUUUCUGUCGAUACCUAAUUGACUGUUUGGGAUCUUAAUACUCUGAGAAUGUGGAGAGAGAAGUAGAAGUCCUCGUUUCUUGGGUGCUUCCUCCUUGACCCUGAGUUGGGAACUGACACAUUUCCAACCUCAUUGACACAUCCCAGGAGUUACACACCAGACACUGGCUACCUGUACCCUUCUUUCUUUAAGAGUCCUGUUCUUUUUAAGUUGGUCUAGGCCAAAAGAUACACAUGAAAGCUGAAAGGUUUUAGGGGAGGGAGGUGAAAAGAACAUGGUUUUUGUUUCAGAUCCUGCUACCAAAGUGUUGACUCAUUUAUUCCUUUUGGGAGAGGGUAAGAGGUGCUGUGGAAAUGAAACGGGUUGUAGGAUGGGUAAGAGUGCUUUGUACCAGUGGUAGAGGGAGCCAGAUGCAGCAUGUUGUUGGUUUUGGUUUUAGUCAUCUUGAGGUCUUUUCCCCAUUCACAAAAGUUUAUUUGCUGUUGAUUUUUUUUUUUUUGCCCUCCUGUGGAUGAAAUAACUGAAGCCUAGAGAAACGAGCUAGUGCUACUGAACUGUUUAAAUUAUUUUUGUGUUAAUAGUACACUUUGAGUACCUUUUUCCACAUUUAAAAAGAACUUUCCGAAUUAUAAAUGUUUUCCUUACGUUAUUUAACAAUGUACACUGUUUAAAACUGAAUUCAAACCUUGGGGUUUCUCAGCAGCCGUUAACUGUACAUUUUGCACUAACUCCGGGUGUUGCGCUUCUUGUAAGAUUGCGCUUUGUGCUUCAGUUUGUUACCUUUGUAGACUUAUUUAAUGAAACCAUUCAAAUAAACCAAACUUGCUUUUGUUGA